AUGGUGUGCUACCGCAAGUCACUGGACGAGAUCCACAUCUCGUGGCAGGGCGCGGAGAAGCCGGCACCGAGCGACCUGUCGAGUCUCUUGUCGGUGAGGCGGCGGGUGGUCGAGAGGGCCCUUGUCUGGCUGAAGCGGAACAACCCCCACUACGCCGAGAUCGAGAUCGACGCGGCGGAGAUGGAGAGCUGGGGAGACUCGAUACACGGGGUACCGUCGUCGGUGUGCGAUCGUAUGGAGCGGAACGAGCCGUCUGGGUGGGAGAAAGCGCGGACGGCGCACGUUGUGCCGCCCACGGAACGCGCCGUGGACGAGGAGGGGCCGGUGGAGAUCGAGGAGCUCUUCGCCCUGCUCAACCAAGGACAAGAAGCCGGCGGCCAGGGUGAAGGUCACGGGCCCAACGGAGAAGGCGCGGUUCGCGAUGGAAGUGACGCCUGCCCCGACCAGAACGUUCCAGCGAUCAACGAGGUGACGUCUUCUGGCAUGUUCGCGCUCGACGGACCGCCAGACGUCGCGGACGUGGAGAAGCUGCAGUUUGCCUGUGACGCUGUUGGUGAAGGUGCCGACGACGGCCGUGCGGGCCCGAGCGUGGGUCGGGUCCCUAGCCGGGGUUCGGGGCGUGGCGACGGUGGUUGUGAGCCAUACAUCCGGGUUUCGCGGGGUGAGUUUACCGAUUCCUUUGAGGCGUCCUUCUUUGCCAGGACGUUCCCGACCCUGUUCCCAUUUGGCGUUGGGGACCAAGAAAGGCUAGCGGCGGCGAGGGUCGAGUUGGAGAGCUCGGGUAAGACGACCGAUGGUGACGUGAAGGAGCUUCUCAGGAGCCUCUCGCUUUACGGCCACCGGCAGCCCAUGUCGAGAGGGGUCCGUCUCAAUAUGCGGCGGAAAAUCCAGUCGCUCAUCGUCGGAUAUGGCGUGCCGGCCAUCUGGUUCACCAUCAACCCGAACGACAUUACGAACCCGGUGAAGCUGCGACUGGCGGCAUACCGCACACGCGAUCCCGACGCGGCCGAGGAGUUCUUAGAAGGCCUUGGGGAUGCGUAUAAGCGGGCACGGCUGGCGAUAUCGGAUCCCAUGAGCUCGGCCGUGUUCUUCCACCGCGAGAUGAAGCUGUUCUUCGAUCAUUACGUGAAGGUCGGUGAAGACUCGAUGCUUGCCGACAUCCACGGGGAGGAUCAGGCGGCGUAUCGCGAGCGAAUCGUCCGAUACAUCGAUAGCGUCUUCUCAGAGGAUCUGGACCAGGAAAGUUUUUGCGCCUUGCAAGCGGAGCGAUCUGUGACGGGCGGUAUUGGUUCCCUGCUGGACAACGCCGCGCAGUUCUCGGCCGCGUUUAUCGAGGAGGCCAACUUCUGUGCCGGCGCGACGCAGGUGCACACGCAUAGCCCGACCUGUGUGAAGUACUCCUUGGGCAAAGGAGGGCGGAAAGGGGACCUCUGCCGGUUCAAGGCGCCAUGGAGGUUAGUCGACAAGACCGCCCUCACGGCAGACGGGGUGCUGCAGAUCCGGAGGACACACAGCAUGGUCAAUCGAUGGAACGAGGCUAUUGCUGUCGGGCUCCGGCACAACCAUGAUAUUUCCUUCAUUGCGACGCAGCGCAAGACAAUGGCCCUCAUCUAUUAUGUCACGAACUACGCGACCAAGGUGGAGGACCCGGUGUGGAAGCGUGUGGCGGCCGCGGCCGAGCUCCUGGCCGCCUCAACAGGGAACAGGACGCGACAGUUCCUGAUGAGAGUGGCGAACCGCGUGUUCACGGAGCGUCCGCUAUCACAGGUCGAGGUCGUCGCUCACCUUCUCGGAUAUCCGGCCGAGUUCACCGACAGCAGCGCGUGGGCGUACCUGAACUGUUCUCUGCUGUACUGGGAAGUCUUUCGGCGAUGGCGGCAUCUCCGAGAAGCCAGUGGCGCUGCGGCUACGGAUGACACCUUGGAUGAGUCGGUGCUCAGGCGGCCGGGCAAGCACGCUACCGUCUGCCUCGACGGCUACCUGAGCAAGGACUUCACCUACGAUGACGAGUCGUGCUACCGGAGGGCAGCCGUGCAGCAUCUUGCGCUGUUCGUGCCGUGGGAGUCCUUCCUGGGCGAAGGAACAGAAUAUCAUGUCUGGUCGACAACGUGCAGCUGCUUCGACGAUCCGCCGAAGACGCAAGAACGCGACGCCAAGCAAUGGGCAGCCUCGUCCGGCGAUGGCGACCCGACGGUCGCACACGUCGAGGAGGGUGGAGCAGGCGAGGCGGGCGCGGAGUCUGCAGCGACAUAUCAGCCCAACAGCAUCGGAGACGCAACGCGGCUCAUCGACGUCGUCCGAGGUGCAGUGGGAGCGAAUCAGGUGACGGCCAAGUCGCCGGAGCUCAUGGCAAUGAUACAGCAGCUCUGGCGGGUAUUUUCCGGGGCCGCACUACCGCCGCAGGAUCAGGUCAAGGCUAUCAAGUCGCAGCAGCGAUCGCCGCGCAGCGUUGCGAAGGGUGAUGACCGGUUUCGGGAGGACGAGGUCGAAAUGACGAUGGCCGACUCCGACGAGACCGCUAUCGACGCAGGGGCGGGAAUGGACGUUCAGUUUGGCCCAUCAACCUCCUUCCUCGCGGCGGGCAAGGUGUUGGCAACACGGCUGACGCUGAACAAGAGGCAGUCCAUCGCUUUUCUGAUAAUAUGCCGCCAGCUCGAUUUGAUGCAGCAGACCGACGGGGGCGAUGCCUGCCAGCUGCGCCAGUUCGUCGGUGGCGAGGGCGGUACCGGCAAGUCGCGAAUCAUCGAGGCACUCGUCGAGCUGUUCAGUAAAAAGAGCCUUUCGAAUCGUCUGCUGAUCACGGCGACGUCGGGGACUGCGGCGGCGCGGAUCAACGGCAUCACGAUCCACUCCGCCUGCGGGUUCACUAAAGACCAAGGGGCGGGGGGCGCGAACAUGGAGAAGGAUGUGCUCGUCAUCGACGAGGUGAGCAUGCUCGGGGCGCGGACGCUGCACGCCGUGAACGAGCGGCUUCGCCGGCUUCGCGGAUCGCGGCAAGAUUUCGGGGGGAUCCCCAUCGUCCUCUUCUGCGGAGAUUUUCAGCAGUUCCGGCCGGUCCAAGAGAGGUCGAUCGUCCUGCCUAGCGCGGCCAUCUCGUGGGACGUAGACAACUCGUUCAAGGCCGAGCAGCGUCACCAGCACGACAAAGCGCACGCACUGUGGAAGAGGUUCACGACGGUCGUCAUGCUGGACGAGCAGAUGCGCGCCGCCGGCGACCCGGAGCUGCAGAGGCUGCUGAAGCGGAUCCGUCUAGGCGUGCAGGAUCGGACGGAUCUAAACCUCCUCAACUCAAGGAAUCGGUGGAACCUGAACAUGGAGGCGAGCCUGGCGUUCCGGGUCCAGCAGCGGUCGACGAUGCGCAUUUUCAUCUCCGAGCACAAGUGGAAGGAGGAGCUGCCGACGGAGGAAGAGGCGAUCAUGAUACUCAACCAGGGCGACGAUAGCGCGAUCCCGGUGCCGGCCGUCUUCAUGUUCGUGGCCGGGAUGCCCAUCGUCGUGAACCACAACACCCACCAGGGGCUGAAGCUAGUGAACGGCGCGAGCUACUCGGCGGUGGAGGUCAUUGUCGACAAGGCGUACCCGGGCAUCGGAUCUCGGCCGAUAUGA